AGAGCUUUUUGGUUUUUUUGCUUUCUCUCCAAGAGAGAGUCUUCAGUCUUUUGAUUUUUUUUUCAUGGAGAGAAAUCAUCAAUUUCGUGUUGAUUCGGGUUACUUAGAAGAACUGAGGUUUCGUUCUCAUCUGUUCGGAACGUCCGUCGAAGGUUUCAACUCACUCAGCCGUAACCACCGUGAUCAUCCGUACGUUUCCGACUUCGUGGUGGAUACACUCUCUGACCAGUUCUCUUCACUGUCUCUUCUCCCUUCUCCUAAACCCAGACGUGCUCCUACUAUACCCUCGACUCUCCAGUCUUUAAGGCUUAAUGGUCCAAAGGCUGAUCAGAGAUCGUACGGAGAAAGGUCCAUGCUUGAAUCGUUUUAUGAACUUCAUCUUUCAAGGAUCCGCAAAAAUGAGUCACAGCAAGAGAGAGCAAAGGUUUUACAGAGACAAGAGGCACGGUUGCACAGUAGAGGUUUGGUUCAUCGAAACUGCAACGUUUUGAGGGAAUCUGUAGGAACCGGCGUCUUCCACCCUCUUCACCGUCCAAUUACUACUACUCAGACUUUUAACUCCCUCAAGAAGCCUAAACAAAGGAAACGGACUCAAAGUGAGAAGAAUGAGUUAUUGACCAAAGCAAGGAGAGGAGAAAUGACUACUAAGGGUACAAGGCAGGAGGAGCAACAGAAGGAUGAGUGUCAUUAUCAUUUGCCUCCAGACAUGGAUUUCUCCAAGAACUGGACUUUCUGAUGGGACAAGUUCGAGUAGCUUACUAAUAAUUAGGAGGUCUUUUGGGUUAUUAAUUAGGAGGUAAAUAAUAAUCAGAACAAAGUUUUAAGAUGACCAAGUAGAGAGACUAAGCGUGAUUUCAAGGUCUUAAUAUCUUUUUUAGUUCUUUUGGGUCAAUCAGUAUGUGUUCAAAUUCAGUAUUGUACUUGAUGGCCAAAAGUAGACAACUUUGAUGAUGUUUAA